GUGAAACAUGCACGCUGAAAGCGCUGCGGAAUCCUUGCCGAGGUCCAACUCGCUUGUUUUGUGGCGACCUUCAGACUUCUAAGUAGCAACUCAUCGCCAAUUUCGCAUUCAAUACGCAUCAGCAACGCCUGUGCAUUUGCUUCUCUCCAACAGGAGCUAGGAUCCAUCAUGAGUCGAGUUCAGAAUGACGGAAUUUUACCGCAGACGGUCGCUGAACUAGAGGCCCUCCCUUGGUGUCGCGCACUCCUCAAAAACCCGACAGUCGUAACUUUCAUUCCGCCAUCCCGGGUACCAGAAAACACAAACCCACACGACAGGUUCUUCGGUAAAACACUCAAUAGCUCGACCGGUAUACCAGCUUGCAUCAGCUUUCAUACCGAGACCCCCGGUCGGUCUGUCAUCACCGAACUCUCGUCCCUAUUCGCGCUCUCAAGAGGGGUUGAUGGCUAUCCCAACAUCGCGCAUGGUGGCAUGACCGCAGUUUUGAUCGACGAGAUCCUUGGCGUCUUGAUUCAGAGAAACAUGGACACAGAGAGAGACGACCCGAUCUUCAAGAUGAACACAGUCACCUCUUCGAUGAACAUCAAAUACCUCAAGCCCAUUGAAACGCCAAGUGUUGUGAUAGGAACCGGGCAAAUCAAGGAAAUCCGUGGGAAAAAGAUCAUGCUCAAAGCUGUUCUCAAAGACGCGGAUGGUGUGGAGCUGGUAACCUGCGACUCAAUAUGGAUUGGAAUUCCUAGAGUCAAGAUGUAACAUUCUCUCGAAAAGGUUAGGAAGGACAUGUAAAUACACUUGCGCCAUUCCUUACACUGCGACACUGCGAUGGCUUAAGCCUUCCAAGCAGUAUCCAGAAUUUCCUUCACGGUCCAAGCCUUGAUGUCAGGGAAGAUCUGGUUGAGCGUUUUCUUUCCAGCAUGGGGGAUAUUGAAGCUCCCAUUCUCAAACCAGAGACCAAAUACCGCAGCCAUGCCCUGAUAUGCCUCUUUGGGGAAGAAUGCGUAUGCAGGUACCUGGCUGGGCAGUUCUGUCGCCUGACCAGUCUUUAACUUCUCAAUGCUGUCAUACGUAACGUUGAAUUUGGUGCCUUUUGAUAUAUUUGGUUAGCUUGGACCGUGUCUUUACUUGUGAAUUUAAUAAGAAAUUACCUUUGGCAGCUUCU